AUGGAACAUGAUAAAUUAUACUCCGUUAAAUGGUACAAAGAUGACAACGAAUUCUACAGGUUCGUACCAGAGAAUCAACCAGCUAACCAAUUUUUUCAUCAGCCAGGCAUUGUAUUGGAUGUUAGUAUUUUAUUUUUUUAUUUUUUUUCAUUUUUAAACCACUUUUGUAAAUAAUAUAAUGUGACUUUGUGAGUCACAACUAUUCAAAGUAUUAGUAUUUAAUUUUCAAUUUAUCAUACUUUUUAUAAAAUAUUCGGUCCAUACAAGUAACAGUAUACCAAAAGAAUUUAAUUUCUGUACUAAAUCAAAGCCAAUUAUUGCUGUUCAGUGUUGGGAAAGUUCCAUUUAAAAAGGAAUUCGUCACCGUUCUUCGUUUCUACUCCAAAAAAGGAACUUCCCGUUCAUUUUUUUUUAUGAAUACUAAUGCAAUCCAAACUAUUUUUUUAUAUUCUUAAUUUAAAAAUAUCACUAAUUAAUUUGCUUUGGAAGUAUUUAAAUAAUUGACAAUAAAGGUUUUCAUGAAUUAUUCGUAAGUCACUUAAAACUAGUAUAGGUAUAAAAAGUAAAAUAAAUGUAUUAUGAGAUAUUCAAGUCAACUCAUAUUGAAAACUAUUCUUACUUCUUAAAAUUGACGUUUAAAAUCCUAAUAAAUUAAACUAAAUUUAUUACCUUCUCUAAAAUAUUUAGUUAAAAAUAGCUGAUACUGGGAACGGGUGUGGUCAAUGUUGUAGGUGGGUAGUUGAGAAGGUGGGAUACAUAAAAUUAUUUAAAUUAUACAUAUAACUCAUGAUAAACUAAAUAAACUUCAAAGAAAAAUAAAAUAUGACUUUCUUAUUCACCAACUAGAUUAAAAAUACAAAAAUAAAAAACUCUUGUUAUCUUUCUAUUGAAGAAAAAUUUCUGUUAGAAAACAUUUAAAAUAAUUCAACCGGAAUGCCAAGUUGCCAUAAAUAUUAAUCAAUUUUAAUUUGUUGGUUUUUCCAAUUAUUACGAAAACUGCUUUAGAUAUCAAAAAAUUGAUUUUUUGAUAACGCCUAUAUGUUUUAGCAUACAUGUUUAUAUGUUAUAUGUUUUCCAUUUAAGGAACAAAAUCGAUCUCUUGUCAUGUUUUGAUUGGAGCAUAUGUUAGGUAAAAAACAUAAGUUGCAAAAAUUAAAAACAAUGAAAUCGAUAACACCACGGCACGCCGUAAAUAUUAGCGUAUUACUUAUAAUUUUCUUUUGGGUUUUUCCAAACUCCUUGGAAAAUCAAAAAAUGACGCCUUUAAUUGCUCCAACUUCAUCAAAAUCCAUUUCUUUUCAGAAAAAAUACUAUACUCUAAAUAUCGAAGCAAGAUUUCUUUUCGAAAAGUUGUUUAUGCUAUGAAUCUAAAACAUAUUAUUUUUAAAAAAAAAAAUUAAAUUUACUCAAAAUAAAUUUAUUUCACAGUUAAAUAAGUAUACAACCACGUGAUUUAUACAUCACAUUAUACAUUUUGUAAAUAAAAAUAGAAAUAAUAUAUUCUACCAUUAUGGUAAUUUAUUAGUAACAGACUAAAUAAUUGACUAAAUUGAAUAAACUAAAUUGAAACCAACACUAAAUAAUUUUUAGACAAUAUUAUCACUAAAAUAACGUAAGUUUCAUUUUUGUUUUGAUUUUGUAAUAAACAGAACGGAAAUUUGCAUUUACGUUCUUCAUAAAUAGGAUCUCUUACCCAUUUUUCUUUCCUAUAUUUGGAAAGAUACACGUUCCUUCCCAACACUGUGAUAUUGCUACUCAUGAACCAUAAACCAGUGCAAAUAUUCGCAAAAGAAUUUUUGAUGCGGCAAACGAUAAGUUAUAUUUAGUAGUAAAAAAAAUUUAACUUAAUGCAAGUACCUAGAAUUUUUUGCCGGAUUUCCCUCAGAAAUAGAGAUAAAUAGAGAUUAUCACACAGUAAUAUUUCUGUACUAUGUUGAAUGUAUACAGAAUGUCCCACGAAGAUACACCCAUUGUAAUAUCUCAGGAGAUAAUAAAAAUAAUCAAAUUCUAGUUUUUUAUACUACUCACUGUGACACGGACUACAAAUAUUUAUAUUCAAAUUAAUUUUUUAUGUUUUAGUAAAAACUUAAAAAAAUUACUUUUUUAUUUAAUUAGUUUUUAAAUAUUUAAAGAUGGUCAUUUUAUAGAGUUUAUUAUUUUGAAAACGUUGACGUAACAACUUAUUAUUUUUAUAUAGUACCUAUAAUUAUGCAGGAGACUGUAAUCGCAUUCUGUAAUUGAUUAUUUUUAUUACGACUAACUGACUGUACACUUUUUUUCUCUUUAAAAUUACGAAUGUAAUGAAAAUAAAAAGUUGAUGGAUCAAAAUUUGCAGAAGAAUGCACUCUAUUAAACAAAUUCCGAAAAUGAUGAUACUUUCUGAGAUGAGUGUACCCACUUAAAUGGAUCACUGGGUAUACAAGAUAAUCUGACUAGCCACGGGCUUAAACAAUUUCUAUUCGACCUUUUUUAUGGCAUGUAUAAAUGAACCAGCAAAAUAUAUCAGAUAUGGUUUAAUUAUUAGUGUUAUCACCGAUCACAUCUGACCAUUAGCUGAACUCCAAGUUGUACAUGGGCAACGCGUGUUCAUAUAAUAAACAAUAAUAGAAUACUUAUAUUACAAAACGUAUCGGGUCACUUCCCCGUCUGCCAUCUCCCCGUAACCACUUUCUCGUAAAACAUUUCCCCGUUUAAUACGUUUCUCCGUACAUUUUCCCGUCCAUAUUAUAUUUAUAUCAUCUUGUAAGAAUAAUAAAAAGAAUUUUAAAAAAUAUAAAAAACUGUAAUCUAUAGAUCACGUAAAUAUAAUAUAUAUAACUACCGACUUGUUUUCUUCUUUUUUGAACUCUAUUUACUCCGGUUUCUCUUUUGUCGUUACUUAGAUGAAGGGAUUUUAUAAUAUAUUUACAUGAUCUCGGUAUACAUUAAAUUUGUUUAUAUUUAUUAAAGUUCAUUAUAUUAUUCUUAUAUGGUAAUACAAAUAUAAUGUAGACGGGGAAACGUCUGAUGGGAAAAUGGUGGGGAAAUAGUAGACGGAGAAGUGUCCAUGAAUCUUAUAGAAAGUAAUGUACAAAAAUGAGUUUUCCCUAUGCCAAAUAUCGCCAAAUUUUUCACUGUACGAGUAUACAGAACACAACAAGCCUACCCAUAUACUUUGAACUAAACACGUUACUAUGAAAUACUCGAUAAAAAAUUAUCCAUAUUAAUGCGACACAUUUUAAAUUAAUUUUAAAUAAUUAUAUUAUAUUUAUUAAUAUUAUCUACUUAUAUAUUGUUUUAAAUAAUGCAUUUUACUUUAAUUAAUUAAUUGUUUGCGCAGUUCUCUCAUUGUAAUAGGGGAAAAAUCAUUCUGAGUAAUGUAACAUUGCAAACUAGUGGUGAAUAUCGAUGUGAAGUCUCAACGGAUGGACCAAAAUUUGAAAUAGUUUCUAAAUCUGCGAACAUGACUGUAUUAAGUAAGUAUUAAAAUUAAGUGAAAACUUUAUUUAGCUGAAUUGACUACAUAUACUGUUAUUGGGUAUAUCAUAUUCGUAUGUAUGUACAUAUGUAUGUAUGCAUGUAUUUAUGCAGUGACUAAAAUGGGAAAAACUUCAAAGGAGAACUAUAUUUACUAAAGAUUGAGGGGAGUUUCCGAGAACUAACUAAACAUAACCAAACUUUCAGGGAACUUAUCAUGGAGACUAGACUUCCAAAUUGUUUUUCCCUCAUACACAUUUGUUCUUAAAAAUCAUAUACAAGUAGGAUUUAAAGAUAAACUUUAUCCCCUUCUUCUUCAAAUAUUAUUCUACGCAUAUAACUGCUCAGUGAAAAUAAAGUAAAACAGAGUCUAAUUGGUAAAAUCGAAAAGAUAUUAAGGAAUUAAUUUUUUCAUUUUACUAAUUCAAGUUUUUAAAAUGUCUUAGUGAUAAUAACUGAAGCGUUCCCCCGUGGACUUGAACAGUGAUACCUGAGUAUGAAUGAUAUCUAUGCACGACUGCUCUUUCCAUCUCAUAUAAUUUGUUUAUUUCAUAAUAUUUCCAUCCAUUUUUGUUCACUUCUUUCACAAUCUGGUUUUGUGAUUUUUAGUUAAAUUUUUUUUUUUAUAUAAAUUUAAAUCAUUAUAUUAUGUGUAUUUAUAAUGUAUUCCUAUAAACCUAUAUAAUAUAUUAAAUGGGAUAUACAUUUUAUCUCUAAGGAAACAAAUUGUAUUAAUAAUAACGAAUAAUAUUAAUUAAUCAAUUAUUAACAUAAUAUUUAGAAGUAAGUAAUUGAAUAUUACGAACCUACACUUAAAUAAUAUAUUACACAAUUAAUAUGUAUGUACUUACCUACAUUUUUAAAAACCUUUUUAACCACACUGUUCAUUAAAUAAUUUAAAAAACCUUAAAUUAACCACUAAAUAAUUACGCAGAUUAUUAUUUUUUUCGUAUAAUUCAUUUUUAUAUGGACUUUGCCAAGUAGAUACUUAUUACAAUGAGAUUUAUUUUUAUAAAAUAAGAUAAUAAAAUAAUAAAAUAAUUUAUAAACCUAACAUUUUUAUCUAAGUAUUAAAACAUGUACAGCUAUUACAAAUAUAUUCAUUUUUUAAAAAAAAGUGCUUAAUUAAACUUUUGGCCUUUUUUUCAGUUUUAUUUUGUAAUUUUUCAUAUUUAUACCAUCAUUUUUCCAUUAUUCUAUAAAAUUCGGUAAUUUUUUUAUUUUUAUUUUUUUUUAUUUUGUUAUUAUUAAAUUAUAUUUAUGUAAUUGACGCUCUUUUACCCUGGAACAAUAUAGAUAUAAUAAAAGUACAUACCUAUGUAGUAAACCGGUCUUGGUGGUACGGUGUAAAAUACAAAUAGUUUCCUGUCUCAAAUUUUAAAUCUCUACGAAUAUUUUUAAUUAGAUUAGAAAAACAAAAUUUAACAGAACGCUCUUUCUAUGUAUUUUUCGGUUUAGCUUAAUAAAUAAAAAAACUAUAAAUAAAAUCAAAAAACAACUUUCAUUUUUACUAACUAGAUUGAAAAUUCAACAAGAAAGUUCAAUACAAGUAUUGUAUGGACACAAGUAAGAAUUACUUGUGAAUACAAGUAAUUCAACAUCAAAACCAUCAAGAAUAAUCCACUAACUAAAUAUAAAAAUAAAAAACAACAUAUGUACUUAUACAUACUCGUACAUAACUAAUAAUUCUAAGAGCAUUUAACAGAGAAUUCAACAUUUAUUCUUCAUUUAUAAUAGUAUAAAAAUAUCAUGUACUUUACACUACCCACCCGAGAGACAAAUAAAUUAAAAUGAUUAAUUUAAUAAUGGUAUUAACAGCAUAUCCAGAAGAGAACCCAUUGAUAGAGGGUGUGCUUAAUCGGUACGCAAUUGGCGAUCUCGUGUCAGGAAACUGCACUUCUUCUCUAUCCAAUCCACAGCCAUUAAUGAAAUGGUACGUCAAUGGUAUUCAGGUGAGUUCAUGUUUAAUUUUCAAGAAACCUAAUAACUAGUGUACCUCUGUUAUUAGGUUAAUUUAAACUAGCAACAUAAAAUAAUCUAAAUUUUAGAUUUUCUGAAUCUAUAUGUGAUAUGUUUAAUAUUUUAAUUUUAUAAAAAAUCAAAAAAGCUUCAGUUAUAAAUUCUAUUUAUAAUAAGUCUAAAUAUUAUAAUACAAAAUAAUAUAACGAAUGACCCAAAAUAUGUUAUCCGAUAAAUAAUGAUACACGAAAGUUUUUUUAAUAAAGUAUAAACAUAUGAGUAGAAUAUAAUUAUUCUGGGGCAUCAGUUUUUAAACUAUAAUAGGCAUACCUCUGGUGGUACGUGAUACGCAACAUGUAGUUCACGUGGUGAUAUUAUGAAAAAUGAAUUAAUAAAUAAUUAUAUAAACUUUAUUAACGAAUCUCAAACUUACUUACUUUAUUUUUUUGUUUAAAAUUAAAAAAUACUUCAUAAAUAGUUAUAUUGUAGUAAUUUAUUGUCUUAAAUUAUUAUUUUGUCAUAAAUAUUUAGACAUUUUUAAUAGUUCAAUUUUAGAUUUUGAGUGGAGUGAUGAAGCAUGCGAUUUUACAAAGAUGUUUUUUUUUCUCUGAGUGCAACUUUUCUACCAGAAAUCUUGCUCCGAUUAUUAAGUGUAGCAACUUUUUUAGACGGAAAUCGGACUUAAUUUGAACGGCGGUAAUUUGAAGACGUCAUUUUUCAAUUGUUUUCAUGAGUGUGACAUGAGUGUGACCCAAAAAGUGUGACAUUUUUUUGUGGGAAAACCGGAAGGAAAAACGAGAAAAUUUAAGAAUUGUAUGCAUUAAUUGGAAAAUAUUUCGGCUUUUUAAAUUCUGAGUGUAGCAAAGAAUGUAUUGGUUUUACUAAGUGGUUUAUUUUUUUAUUUUUUUUAUCCUGUGUACAAAAAUUCGACCAUAAAUCUUGCUCUUAUAUUAUGUAAUAUAUACGUGCGGUACCAUUUCUGAAAGGGAAUAUUGUCCAGAUGGUACUUUUGGGAAGUACUUUUUUUCAUAAUAUUUGGGAAAAACCAGAAAAAAACGUAAUGAAAUGUACGAAAAUAAAUACUUUUAUUAUUUUAUAGAUUUGUUAUUUGUUGUAAAUUUACUGUAAUUCAGUUAAAAAUAUUCGUAGAGACUUGAAAUUUGUACAAAAAACUUAUAUUUGUCUUUUCUAGACGUGGUAAAAUUUUCCAAAAAUUUAAGCCAUUUUUGAGCUAUUUAUAGACAUUUUAAUUUUGCGGGUUUGUACGUAAUUAUUAUUCGGUGUAAGUACUCUGUAGUAAAAUUGUUAGAUUUAACAGAAAUGCUUGAAACUUUAACAGGAGGUUCAUUAAAUCUUACUUUGUGGUAAAAAAAAUAGUAAGUUCAAUGUAGUAUUUGUUUUUGUAAAAAAAUUUGUAUACUUCAUUUUAACGAAAAUUUGAGUAAAAAAUUAUGUAGAACAUAUCUAAGAACAAAUUUAAGUAGGAUGGUAAAGUCAGAAUUUCUGUUUUGAUCAUUUCUGGUUAUUAUUAUUAAAAAAAAAAAAACUUAUGAAUAUUCAAUAAAAAAAAGUUAAGUACAUUAACAAAUUUUCCUAAUACCAAAUACUAUAGAUUUAUAAUCUAUAGUAUUUGCUAAUACAUAGUCCUUAAACAUUUGUUGAUGUAAAUAAUUGUACUUGUCCUAUCACACUCUGUAUAUUUUAUACGAUGUACAUUUUUUUUUUUUAAUUUAUUUUAUUUAGGCAACGAACAAUCAAGUAUUAAAUUAUCCUGUAUUGAUAAGCCCUGAAGGUCCUCUAUAUUCAAAAGCAGUGGGCAUCCAGUUUAAGGUAAAAAUAAUUGUAUGUAUUUUAAUGUAUUUUACAUGUAUUAUCUUUAAUUCAAAUACAAAGAAUGUGUGAUUUUUUUAAAUGAAGUUGCGAAUGAACGAAAAAUAUUGAAUAAAAUAAAAUAUAGCACUCGGCGAAGUUGAAGAUUUUGAUCACUUGAAAAAUCACAAAACUUAGAUCGUAUGCACUUAUCUUUAUAAUUCAAGAACUAUAUUUUAAUUUGAAAAUUUCAAUAAUUUAUUAUUUUACGGAUAGUAGUAUUUUAUAUCAAAGGUGAUAAUUUGAUAUUAAUUAUUAAAAAAUGUGUUCAACAAAUUUCAGAACUUGGAUUUUCUCCAUCAGCAAUUAUGCGUAACCUGCAAGGUACUCAAAAUAAAUGUAUGUUUUCAACUUUAGGUAGAUCUGAAACAAAACCGUAAUGUAUGGUUUUUUAAUUGAUAACAAAAAGUUAUUUCACGUCAUGUCAUAAAAAGCGUAAGAAACAACCUUCUUAAUGGUAGUUUUAUAUAACUGGAAAGGGCAAAUUUUCAUUAUAAGAAACUAAAAAAAAGUAUGUAAAUGAUACGUUAAAAUCGAAAGUUCAAGCAAUGUGUUUUUACAACACCGCCUCAUCUCUUACAUAAUGCAUUUCAAAAAUAGUCCCGUAAAUUAACUGAUAAGAUAUUAAGCAAAUCAGUGGCAACUACGGUUAUAACUGGUGUUACAGCAGGAGAAUUAAAAUCUUCAAUAGCAAUCAGUACAGCAAAUUGCAUUAUAAUAGUAAAGGACGGCGAGUCGACAACCGAAGUGCUGACGGACGAUGAGCCGACAAUCAAAGAACUGACGUUAGAUAUUAUUAUUAUUGCAAUAACGAAAACAAUAUGCUAUAUUAUAUUUAUGUACCUAUAUCCACAAUUUCUAAAUAAUAUCGGUAGUUGUCAAAGCAACCAUUUGAGAUAAAAUAUCAAACCAGUACUAUACAUUUGGGUUAUGCUCUAAUGUCAAGAUUCACUUGAAUCAGUGAUGUUUGUGCCAUCGUUGUAGGUUUUGUUGUAUUUUAUUUUAUAAUAAUUUUGUAUUUUUAAAUGUUUUAAUAUUAAUAAAUAUAAUGUAGAUAGAAUAAAUUAUAACAUAUACCCUGUCGGUCUGAUAGCUCCAACAGUUCGCACUUUUAGAUGUUUUUUUGGAACAAAUAUUCUUACAGUCUAAUGAAAUGUUCAAGUAAAUGUAACUGUGAAGACGACAGUGAUACAUUUUGAAUAGCGAACAUUUUAAAAGAUAUUUCAGUAACCCCAUAAUUUCCAAUUUUAUAAUAUCUGACUCUGAAGACCAGUGGCCUAUUUACGCAAUGACAUUAUAGAUAUUUGCCCAGGGAUCAUGAAAAUCAGGGGCCCACCUACUGGAUUUAAUUAUUCUUUAAAUAUAAAUUAAUUAAUCCAUAAAUUUGAAGAACAACAAAAAAUGUAGACACAGUCUUAAAUACUUGUUUAAAUAUAAUAGCUUGAAUGAAUAAUUAAACACAUCUUUCGUACACAAUAAUCCUAUACCCAUGUUUAUUUCAUUGAAAACUUGUGCUGUUCAUUUUGCUCAUAAAAAUUUAAACUAAAAAAAUCAAUAAUUAUUAACUUUUAGACGUUUGACAAUAUUGCAUAGAUCAGUAAAAUGCCGUCAUUCACCCAUUAAACAGUAAAUUAAUAUAUGUUUAUCUGUAUUCGAAAAUACAUUUAAAGAAAUAAAAAGUAUAAAAAAAUAGUCAGCCAAUUUAUAAGUGCAGUCACAAAGAAAAUUUUAAGAAAACAACAUUUGUUAAUGUUGCAAAGAGCACUAUAAUACAUAAUUGAACUACUCUUUAUAGCUAACAUUUAUAAAGAAUGCAAAUGGAUAAUUCUGAAUUAAAAAAUAGAACUAUCCAACAAGUAGAUAAGCUAAAGAUAUUUAAAAACAAUUAAAAUUAAAAAUAUUUUACUAUAAUCAUACAAGUACCUAUGUUUUAUAAAAAUAAUUAUUAACUUUUUUUAAAAUAAUUUUAUUAUUCAGCAAAAUAUAUGUACAAUGAAUGAACAAUUUUUGUACUUAGGUGAAAAAUAAUAAUCUGUUAUCUUGAGUUAGAUAAUCUCAGAAUUUUAUCAAAAAUUGUAUAAUAAAUACCCAAAUCUAGGAUUGAUAUCAAUUUGCAUGAUGUUUUGGUCAACUAAAGGUCGAACUUUGUGAUGGCCUACCACCAACACUCGUACCCCCUCUUAUCCACUCUAUGAUCUCUAUACUGUGUUUAGGUAUAAAUACAUAUAAAUUUACCAAAAAUCUCUCAUUCUGCUUCCUUUUAAAUUAGUUUACAAUCUAAUCAUUUCGUGUUUUAAUUUAUUUUUAAUUAUGUUUAAUAAAAAAAAAUAUUGUUGUCUACGAAGAAAUCGAAAAAAUUCCUACAGUUCCAUCAACUAAACAGGUGUUUAUAUUAUUAAUAUUUUCCUUUUUUAAACCUUAUAAUUUUACAAAUAUUUUUACGUUUCAUAGGAUCAAAAUGAUGAGAAGGCUGUACCAUCCAGCUGAUUUGAUUCAACAAGUUUCUCCGAGCAUUAUCUCCGACACUCUACAGGUAUUAUUCCAUACACAAAAAAAAAAAAUAAAAAGGUUUUUUUUAACUAUUUUAGUUUUCGUAGGUUGAUAUUAGGUCUAUAGCCCAGAUGAAGCCAAAACAUCUAAGAAUUUUGUUUUAAUUCUGAAUCACAUAUGGAAAGCGAUCUUACCAUCAUAUCAUAUAGGCUCCUUAAAAUUAUAUGAUGAGACUUUUUAAAAAAUGUAGUCCACAAUAAAGAAUGAUAAUUUGUCCGAUGCAAUUAUGUUCUAUUAUAGCAAAAUAGUAAUUAAAAUGACUGAAGUAAACGUAGAAGUUUAAAACCAAAAGAAGAUUAAGAAGCGCAUAAGAACACAAAUGACUCUCCUGGAGAAAGACGUACCACUAUUAUUAUCUACAUUUCUUUAACUUUUUAUAAAUGUUUAAAUGUUUUAGAUAUAAGAGAAACCAACAGCAAACAUCACAUUACACACAUGGAAAUACAUUCGCCUGACCAAAUUAGAUAAGCUUUCUAAUCAUAUUCUGAAGAACAACAUGGAAUACAACUUUUUUUAUUAUAAAAAUAUGUAUACAUUUUUAACUUUAUCUAAUGCAUUCAUAAACACAUAAUCAUCUGUUAAAUUUUAUUUUAAAUAUCAUAAAUACAUUUUCCAUCAUAUUAUUAUAUCACUUUUUAUUGUGUUACCUUAUUAUUGUAAAUAUUUUAAGAAUUUUGAAUACAUAUAAAACAUUUUUGUUUAAAAAAUUGACAUAUGGAGUAUAAUAAGUUUUAUUUACACAACUACUUAGUUUAAUUUUUUAAACAAAAAUGUUUUGUGUAAUUAAAUAAAAUUGUCAUAAAAUCUCAAAUACAUAAUAAUUUUGAAAAACUAAGAACUAAUUAUUAUUAUAAUAACAUAAUAAAAUGCUAAUUCACUCCAGUAUUAAUGAUAAAUUUUAAAUUUAGAUAGAAAAGAAUCAUUUUCAAGAACCCGAACAAGAACUCGAUUUAAUUUGUGAAGCUAGUCUUAUACAAGGGCAACUCAAAUGGCGAAAAAUGAUUGUUAUACAAUUAAUUCAACAAUCAUAUACAGAAAAUAUGUUCCUUGAGGACUACAAUAAUAACAUAAAUACAACAAAGCCUGGUAAUUUGUUAAUACUUUUCAAAUAUACAAUUAUUAUAACAUACAAAACUAUGAUUUUGUUUUAUUAACAGGGAAACAAGUGCCGACUAUAAUAGCUUUACUAGUUGUAUCAUUCACACAUAUAAUUGUACACAAAACGUAA